AUCUUCCACUUAUGAUGAAUCAAAAUCUCACAAAAACACACCCUUUCUUUAUCAUUCCUUCCCUAUGCUAGCAAGACACUUCUAUCUGUUCUGAAGAAACCCAGUUAACAAGCAAUGGCUGCUGCUUCCCCCAUGGCCAGCCAGCUCAAGAGUAACUUUACCACCUCCCUUAUAAAGGGACUUGUCUCUCCCAAGGGUCUCCCUGCAACUCCUUUGAGGGUCUUGCCUUCCAAGAGAAACCCUUCCUUCACAAUCAGAGCUGUCCAGGCAGAAAAGCCAACUUACCAAGUGGUUCAACCAAUUAAUGGGGAUCCAUUCAUUGGAAGCUUGGAGACUCCAGUAACAUCAAGUCCAUUGAUUGCUUGGUACCUCUCCAACCUACCUGCCUAUCGGACGGCAGUCAACCCACUACUGAGAGGCAUUGAAGUGGGUUUGGCCCAUGGGUUCCUGUUGGUUGGACCCUUUGUUAAGACUGGGCCUCUGAGGAACACUGAAUAUGCAGGAGCAGCUGGGUCUCUUGCAGCAGCAGGCCUUGUUAUUAUAUUAAGCAUUUGCUUAACAAUCUAUGGAGUUGCUUCAUUCAAGGAAGGAGAGCCGUCAAUUGCUCCCUCCUUAACCUUGACAGGGAGGAAGAAGCAGCCUGAUCAGCUACAAACUGCAGAUGGGUGGGCCAAGUUCACUGGAGGGUUCUUCUUUGGUGGAAUUUCUGGUGUCACCUGGGCUUUCUUCCUCCUCUACGUUCUAAACCUGCCAUAUUUCGUUAAGUAGAUUUUUGGCCUUUACCAAAAUGUCCAUUUGGUGAUUGGGACUCUCUUUGUUGCAUGUGUUUAUUUGGCGAGGUAAGGAAAUGGAAAAUUGUAUAUUUGAUUGAUGACUGCGUGAUUAAAGGACAAUUGGGUUUUCAAUAA